GCUCUGUGUGCUAGAUCACUUUCGGUUUUCUUUUCUGGAAACCCAACGCGGCAAGGCCAGGGCAGCAAGAUUUCCCGGAAGGCGUCUCCCGGCAGGUUCCAGGAUCUCCUUAAAGGAUCCCUGGCCGCUUUAGUGAACCUAGGGGACAGGGGACAGCCCAGCAUCCAGCUUGCCUCUUUCCCUAGGAUGUUCACUAUGACAAAGGCCUUUGAGGAGAUGCUUCUCCAGCACUUCAUUCAGAUGAAGCUGGACAUCGCCUAUGCCAUCAACAAGCCUUUCCCCUUCUUCGAAGCCCUCCGAGACCACUGCUUCAUCACUGAAAAAAUGUACAAGGAAUCUCUGCAAGCCUGUCAGAAUCUGGUCCCUGUAUCCAGAGUGGUGCACAAUGUUCUCACCAGUCUGGAGCGGACUUUCCACCCGUCACUGCUGCUGACAUUGUUCAGCCAAGUCAACCUGCACGAAUACCCCAGCCUGGGGGCAAUUUUCAGAAGCUUCAAAAAUGUUGGUACUGCCUAUGAAGCGAACAAGAGAAGUGCGCAGACCCUACCCAAAGCCCCAGCUGUCCCAGCAGAAGGGCGCUCUUUCCAGACUCUGCUGCCACUGCCUCUACCCCAACCAUCUCUACCAAGCCGUCUGUCCACUGCAGCAAGAGUCGGUGAGCCCCGAACAGCCUCACAGCAAAUCACCGAGAUCCUGGAUGAGCAUCCCAGUCCUUCUCACCCCGCUGUGCCUCCCCCUGGCUUCGUGCAGGAAGGAAAGACCACUCCAGCUGCCUGUGACAACUUAACAGCUACAACUGAUGAGGAAGCAGACUCAAAAGGGACUUCCAGCACUUCCUCCGACACUGGGCAAGCAUCCUCUAUGAAGACCCAGAGAAAUGAUAAAGAUGACUCUCCAAAGAUGCCCCACAGUCUGCCAGGCCCCAUCCCAGCGGCAAAAAAUGAUUCUCCGGCACCAAAUAACCUGGAAAUGGUCCAGGAAUCAACCAGUACUCCAGCAAAACAGAAAAAGGAUUCUCCAGCUCCGAAUAACCCGGAAAUGGCCCAGGAAUCAACCAGUACUCCAGCAAAGCAGAAAGGAGAUUCUCCAGCACCAGAUGACCUGGAAAUGGCCCAGGAAGCACCCAGCACUCCUGCAAAGAAGAAAGCAAAAAGAAAGAAAAAAGACAUCUGGUCAAUAACCAAAAGAAGACGUCAGAAGAAAAGACCCACACAAGGGGUUGCCUCACCUGUACAAGGAGUCCAGAAGAAGCGCAAAGUGGUGGAUCAGAGGACUCAGAGAAAGAAUGUCUCAACCAGGAACUUGAAGAUGGUGACCAGGAGUCAGAAGGCAAGAACUGGACGUGCUCAGAUAUCCAGAGCACAGGAAAAGACUGCGGUGGGCCCCACCAUUGGAAAGGCUCAGUAUAGCAGGGUCCCUUAAAGCUGGCACAGGGGUGGAGAGAUCCAUGAAUUCAAUAUUAGGGGAGAGAAAGGAUGAGGAUGGGAGUGAGAAGGGGCAAAGAGAGGCAAUGGUCUGCUGUGGCUGAGGAGUUUUUGUUAAAGAAACAUAACCACAGGUCAUAAGAUCAUAGCUACAGGUCAUCACAGCUAAGACCUAAGGCAAAGAAAGGGUCUCCACCCUUUAGAUUUUACAGCCUUAAAGAUAACUAAGAACUUCCAAAGGUCCAUGUCUAUGUUGUUUAUGUCUACCUAUUUGUACAUUGUUCAUAGCUAAAACCAAUAAUUAAAAAAAUUUUACUUAAAGUAAAA